CAGCCGCUCGGAGCAGAGCCGGACAAGCCGGGCCAUGAGCGGCUGGCGCCGCUCCUCGCUACUUCCCCGGACUUCCUCCCUGCUCUGAUCCCGGGGGAUGCGGUGCGGAAGCAAGGAUGAGAAAAAGCAGGGUGCACCGCAUGGUCUUAGCCACUUGCUUGGGCUCCUUGAUCCUGGUCAUCUUCUACUUCCAGAGCAGCCUGAACCCGGCUGCAGAAGACAGGAUAUUGAGGAUCAGCUGGCCUGGGAAAUCUGGUCGAAGUCCACUUCACACUCUUUACAAGGGUGACCAGUUUGAGCAGUCCUCCCUGCAGGCAACCCAUCAGCACAGGAGGGAACUGCUAAGCAAUAUGUGCCAUCGUUACACCCGCAAGCGGCGCCUCCUGACUUCAGACGACUUGCGACACCUGGUGGUUGAUGAUGUGCAUGGGCUGCUGUACUGCUAUGUCCCCAAGGUGGCUUGCACUAAUUGGAAGAGAGUCAUGAUGGUCUUGACAGGGCAGGGCAAAUACCAGGACCCGCUGGAAAUCCCAGCACAUGAAGCGCACGUACCAUCCAACCUGCACGUGCUCUCUGAGUACAGCACUCCUGAGAUCAACUACCGCUUGCGCAACUACCUCAAAUUCAUCUUCGUACGGGAGCCUCUUGAACGGCUAGUCUCAGCCUACCGGAACAAAUUUACCCGUAGCUACAACACGGCAUUCCAUAAACGAUAUGGGACCAAGAUCAUCCGACGGCAUCGUCAGGACCCUAGCAACGAGGCCCUGGAACGUGGCCAUGAUGUGCGUUUUGAGGAGUUUGUGUACUAUUUGUUGGAUCCAAAGACCCAGCGUGAGGAGCCUUUCAAUGAGCAUUGGGAGCGAGUGCACUCCCUUUGCCAUCCGUGCAUUGUCCACUAUGAUAUCAUUGGCAAGUAUGAGACCUUGGUUGAUGAUGCCAACUAUAUCUUGCAAUUGGUUGGGGCUGAUGCAGGCAUCAAGUUCCCAUCCUCUUCCAAGACCACCAGAACCAACAAUAACCUGACAGCAAAGUUCUUCAAGAAUAUCAGCCCCUUCUACCAAAAAAGAUUAUUUAAUUUAUACAAGAUGGAUUAUUUGCUCUUCAAUUACACCAUCCCUUCUUAUUUACACCUCCGAUGAGACUGGCUACCAGAAACAUGCCUUUUCUUCAUCAUUUCUGCUGUCAACCAACUGCCAUAGAUAGGAGAUGCUUGCAAUUUCAGCUAUGCCCGUUUUUUAUGUUUUAUCAGCUGGCAUAGUUCUCUCUCUUUCAUUCCUCUGUUUCAGUGACAGAACCUACUCUUAUUUGAUUAUCCUUCCUCCUGUUCCUUAAACAACAUUUGUUUCUAGGAAGCACUGGAAUUAGGACCUUUUGUCAGGAGGUGGGAGAGUCCUUGUGGAAGUAGCAGACGUAAUAAAAUGUGCAUGCAUUUAAUGUGUUCAAUUAUAAUUCCUUCAAACCUGUCUCUUCUUCACUGACGGAGGAAAGGGGAAUAUGAGCCAGAAGUGUCUCAUUGUGAACAGUUACUUGGCGUGGGGCAGAAUUUUCUGUGAGACAAGAGUCUACUGCAUCUCCCCCUUCUACCCUCUUUCUUGCAGCUGGUGUUUACAGAACUGCGUUUUUUCCGAAACCACCCAGUCAAGUUCUGCUCCCAUGCAGAUUCCAUAGAUGUGCACUGGAGCAAUGCUUGGUGGAUUGCCCACUUUUAUGUGCAGGUUGCAGGAAUAUCUUGACCAAAAGAAAUAUUUAAUUAUUCGCCUUGGCUUUUUCCAUGUGAAUAUGUAUUGGCACAAGAGUUGUUGUGGUGUCCUGUUUCAUGUAGGCCUAGCCAAAUUAUGUUCCAGAUCCAAGCUCUUCAGUUUAAUUAGUGGACCCUUAUCCAGGUGAGUUAGAACUGUCUUUUUGUGGGUGAUAUCUGACACUGGAAGAAUAGUGGGCUUGGGCAGUGUUGGCUUGGUUAGAAUUCUUAUAUGUUUUUGACCAAAACCUGUCACCUCUUACCAAUAUGGCAGCACUUUUGGGUGAUAAUGGGAAUUAUAAUUUGGCACAUUUGGAGAGCACUGGGUUGUGAAAGCUGAACAGAGCAUUGAUCAGAGGUCCUACUUUGCCCUUAAACAGCAUCUUCAGAAGACAUGUCUUGGGUUAAGCAUGAGCAAUGCCUUUUGCUGUAGAACAUUGCUAUACUGUGUCAGUCAAGUAAUGUUUUCUAUCUAAAAUAGCUGUCUUCUUUUUAUAAGCAGAAGAAUUUAUUUUACUGCAGGAAAUGGCUUGGGAGACAGAGGUUGCAUGUGGAAGGGUACUGUAGAGAGAAAAACAGAUACUUAACUGGUAAAGCUGGAGGCUUGUACUUGAAAAAGCAAGCCUUGAAGAAUAAACUUAAUUCAGUCCACAUGGACAGUUGUGCUUAAAUUGGCAUUUUGUCUACUUGGUUACAUUUCUGCAUAUACUAAAACAUAUCACCUCUUUUAUGUAAAUCAGCUGGAAGUAGAGUUAUUGUACAGCAACAUUCCCCAACAUGUGCCUUCUGGAUGUGUUGGAUCUUAACACCCUUAAGUCCCACUAAGCAUGUCUAGACUGGGUAGGAAUCGGGAAUUAUAAUCCAACACAUCUGAUUCUGUGUGAAUAAUUUGAUUUAUGCAAUACUGUGCUGAAUGUACUUGGGCUCUUUGAGGUACACAGGACAUACAAAUUAAAAACAUUGUGAUUCGGGUCUUCUGUCCUCCUGCUAUAUGAAUGUGGCCUUUUUUCCCAUGGUUGCCUGCUUUCUAUUAGGCUAGAGAGAAUUCCCAAGAGGGGAUUGAGUAGUACAAAGUUUAAAUUAGUCAGCUCACCUGUAUUGGCUCUCAGUAUUGAUCCAAGCUUUAAUUUUAGCUAGCUUAGAUUCUGGCCAUAGCUUUUUCUUAUGAUUAUAGGUAGUCCUCAACUUACAACCACAAUUGGGGCUGGAAUUUUGGUCGCUAAGCAAUUACACCAAGUUUACAAUCUCUGGGUACGUAGCCAGCAGCCAUGUUGGCUGGGAAUUCUGAAAGUUUGAUCCCAGCAUGUAGGAGAGGCACCAGCUUGGGAAGGGUGCUAUUUACAAUGAAAUCUCUGGUUGGGAUGCUUAAGGCUGCUCUAAUUCUGUGGCAGAUUAUUACAUUCCUUUGCAACUAUGUAGUUUCUAUACAUCCUGUGGCUUCCUUUAAUGCACCAACAUUAUUUUUGCACUAACAUGUAACCAGUGAUGCUGUCUGCUCUGUGGUUUACAGCUUUCCCCAAUCCUUGCUGUGACAAUUAAUUAACUGCACUCAAAGCUGGCAAUACUGAUGAAUUAGAAAUCCAUAUUAUUUAAAAACUGAACUAGGCAGUUGCACUAAUCUCCUCAGUAAAUUGUCCAAAGGUAUCAAGAACAAAACUUAAUGUGUGCCAGUGUGCAAAAUUGAGUGAUCAGUGCCGUGUGGGAAGAAAGCAUGAUGUUACUUAGUGACUAAACUGCACUUAAAAAAACAAACAAACAUAGGAUUAUUAUGGUAUUUAAAUAAAAAUCCCAUUGAAAUAUUUACUUCUAGUGAAUUGAUAUGUAAUUCCUGUUCUGGGCAGAUGUUUCUGCUAAAGUGAACAGAUCUACCCAAAAUGAUGUCCAUUGGUAAAGUAGGCUGCAGCCCUCUCUCUGUCUCCCUGAAAAGUCAUACUGAAGUGAGUGGGACUUACUUCUGAGUAGGCAACUAUGGGAAUUUGCUGUUGGGCAUAUGAAAAACUGCAGGACCUGAAUGUGCUCAGGGGCAUUACAGUUUGA